AUGGGUGCUAUUCAUCGCAUUUUUCGAUAUAUUCAUGGUAUUCUUAAUCAUGGUCUGCACUUUUAUAAGUCUCCUAUUUCCUAUCUUCUAUCAUAUAACGAUGCUGAUUGGGGUGGUUAUCUUUACACCCGUCGUUCUACUUAUGGUUACUGUGUUUUCUUGGGUGAUAAUUUAGUAUCUUGGUCUGCUAAGCGACAACCCACUGUUUCUAAAUCCGAUGCUGACGUUGAAUACCGUGGUGUCGCUAAUGUGGUUUCUGAGACUUGUCGGAUUCGUAACUUGCUUCUUGAGCUCCAUUGUUCUAUUCCUUCGGCUAUGCUUGUAUAUAGUGAUAAUGUUAAGCGUGGUAAUGUUCGAGUUCAUCUUCCUUCUCGAUAUCAGAUUGCCGAUAUUUUUACAAAAGGUCUUCCUCAAUUUCUUUUUGAUGAUUUUCGAUUCAAUCUCAACGUUUGCCCACCUCUCGAUUCGACUGCGGAGGUGUAA